AUGUCCUCCAGUCAAGGAUCAUCAUCUACAGCUGUCGAUAAAGCAGCAAAUGACAACAAAUCGAACCAAUGCAAUCCAAACAACGCUGAAAAUCGUGGUCAUGAAUCAGGCUAUACAGGCACAGGUGAUAAAGCUGAUUUGGACAAUCAUGCAAACCAGCUAAAUUCAAAUAAUCCGAACUAUCAAUCAAGUGGUUCGAAAUAA